AUGCCGUCCCCCGACGCGCCAAGCCUUCACCAGACGCAACCGAACCACUAUCGAUCGCCGCAAUACAGAAGCCCGAGCAAUGAAGACUUGCGCAUGAUGCACAAUGGGGGCUACACGCUGCCACCCAACACGAGCGGAACCCAAGUCAGGCGGGGCCAGCCCCCUCCCCGUGUUGCGAAACGAACUCGCAUACGAGGUCGCCAGGCGCCGCAGUCGACCGGCGGACGGGAAGGAACAGGGGAGAAGGACGCUCCUCGGAGCACCGCCUUUCCCCCUAGCCACGGCAGCUCUGAGCCUUUGGAUUUCAAGGAAGGCAUGCCUGACACGGACAAGUUUCUUUUCGAGCUGCGCGCCAAAUACAGCGACAACAAGGGUAAGGGGAUGUGGGACCCCAUUACACGGGAAUACAACGAGAGGUUCAAGACACAGUUUGAUCGGGCCGCGCUCCAAAUGAAAGUCUCAAGAGCAAAGUCCAAGUGGAUACAGUGGCAUGAAAAGGAUGACACGAUUCUUGUGGAAGCGGCCAGACAAGUCGAACAACAGUACUAUCGACAGGUGCACCUGAAAUUUAAAGAACUUGGAGGCAACCCUCAAGCAGACUUUAAUGUUGGCAAUAUCGAGAUGCGCAUGGUUGAGCUUGGCCUUUCACACGUCUGGAUGGACGCCUGGAAAGGGGACGCCAAGAUGAGCACCCGCCGAAGGCGCAAACUGAACGAGCGCCAACGUAGCACAGCGACUACACGCGACGACGACCGCGGACGUCAACAACUACCCUCAGCUACUUCUUCCUCUUUUAUCCACGAUUACUCGGUUCGAGACGACUUGCCAAACAGUGCGAGCUCCUUUGCUACCAUUGGCCUGAGCCCUGGGGAACGCGAGCAGGUGCUCGAUGAUAUCGACACGCGAGCGUAUAAACUGGAGGCCGAGUCACCCCAGACUUUUGAUAACGACGACGAUUCGGUGGGCAUGGGACAGUCCUCUUCAAUCCAACAGGGCCGGCGGGCCACGAACCAGGCGUGUGGAGAGAUGGUUUGCAACAGCAGUGGUAACAGCAGGGCGCCCACAGGCUCGCCACAGAGCCGUGGUGGCAGAGGGAUGCGUGCCUAA